GACAACAUCAAGAUUGAGUAUCAUCUGAGUAGCGGCAUCAAGGCCAAGGUAUACAGCUUUGAUAGCUUUGAGUGUCAUGCCUCAGAAUUCCUUGCCCCCCCACCUGAUGGCCAACCUUGGCGUCCGUUCAAAUCUCGGCUCAAAUUCAAAAUUGCUGAGAUCAUGCUCGAGGUUGGCUUUAACAACCAACAAUCUGAUCAGUUCAUCAAGCUAUGUCACCGCUGUGCUGUGGGCAAGGAGAAGUUCACAUUCAAAAACCACAAGGAUAUCCACAACAUGUGGGAGGCAGCC